AUGAGAGUGUCAAUUAGUAGCAACAUGUCAAGUUCCGAAAUAAAGGAAGCGUCUCUGUCAGACAAAGAAGAUCUUACACCCAGUAAAGUUCACACGAGAAUAGAUGUAGAAAAUAAUUCAGAUGGUUCAUUAGAUAUAGAAGCUGGUAAAGAGAAUGUUGUUGAUUCUCCGCCAGGAUCAGACGAUCCAGAUAUAGAUGCUGGAUAUGCCUGGGUAAUUUGUUUUGCAUGUUUUCUUUUUAAUUUUGCAACAUGGGGAAUGAAUUCAGGAUUUGCGAUUUAUUUUGCAAAUUAUUUAAACAAUAAUACUUUCCCAGGGGCUAAUAAGAUGGAUUAUAGUUAUAUUGGUGGGUUAGCAUUUGGGGUAGGUCUUUUCUUCUCACCUGUCUUAACUGUGAUACAAGGUAAGAUAGGACUUAGACCUACUUUAGCUAUUGGUAAUUGUUUAGAAUUUACGGCGCUUAUGUUGGCCAGUUUCUCAACCAAACUUUGGCAAUUAUAUUUAACUCAAGGUGUCAUGCAGAGUCUUGGAUUAGCAUUCCUUUCAGUUCCAUCCGUUUCAUUAGUUCCACAAUACUUCAGAAAGAGAAGAAUUUUAGCUGGGAGUUUGGCAACUGCGGGGUCAGGUGUUGGUGGUAUUGUUUUCAAUUUGGGUAUGCAAAAAGUAGUUGAAGCAAGAAGUGUAUUCUGGGCAUUAAGAGUCCAAAGUAUAAUAGCAUUUGUUUUAGGUUGGGUAGCAAUUGCUCUUGCAAAGAAGAAAAAGAAUCUCCCUCCUAUCAAGUUUGCCAUGUUUGAUAAAGAAGUUCUCAAAUCAGCAUCAUUUUAUCUUUUAGCUUUCUUUUGCAUUACAUGUAUGUUUGGAUAUGUUAUUGUAUUAUAUACAUUAGCACAAUUCACAACUAGUUUGGGAUAUUCAGAGUAUCAAGGAUCAAUAGUCUCAGCUAUGGUGCAAGUCGGAUCGUGUUUUGGAAGACCAAUAGUUGGUUAUGCAUCAGAUAGAUUGGGAGCAGCAACAGUAUCAACCACAGCUUAUACUAUUGUCGGUAUCUUAUGUUUUGCAAUGUGGAUUCCAGCUAGGAGUUUAGCUACUGUCAUUGUAUUUGCAAUUAUCCAAGGUGGAUUAAUGGGAGCAAUCUAUGGUAUGAUUGCACCUUUGAUUGCUAGACUUUUUGGAUUGAAAAAGAUGAAUCUUGUGCUUGCAAAUGUAUGGUGUUUCUUAGGUAUCGCAGGGUUAUUUUCACCGGUCAUCGGGAUUAAAUUGAAACAUGGAGAAGGAGGAUUUGUUGAUCCUACUCAAUAUGUUGAUUGUUCUAUUUUCGCUGGGGUUUCAUUUAUGUGUUGUGCGUUGACUUUGUUGAUCAUUAGAGGAUAUAUUAAAGCAAGAGAUUAUAUGUUGGCACAAAGAGGCGGUGAUAGUAAGGAUACCGAUUUCAGUGAUUAUACAGGAAUAACAGUUCCAUUUACUCAAGUGUUUAGACAUAUGUUUUCUUACAAGUAUGGUAAGAUAUAA